AUGAAGCUAUAUCUCAACGAGCGGCCGCGAACGUUCCUUGUGAUCAGCAAUAGCUACGCACUCAUCAUCCGACAUCCGAGACCGAAGUAUCGUUCUUCAGGACUUGCUUCGCAUCUUCAUAUUCACAAUGGAGCAAACAAAAAAGAUCCAUCUGGGGCCAACUUCUCGAACAAAGUACUUGUAGAAUUCGUACGAAAGGACGACUUGGACCUCAGCCAAUUCAAAGACAUCACUCCGAGCAAGACAAAGCUGCGGAAACAGAUAUUGGCAUUCAUAGGUUUGCUCAAUAUGAAAAGUAACAUCUACUUGGGAUUCAUCACCAGUGAAGAAACAAUAGCACUGCCGACCAUAGGCGAAAAGGUGUCUCAGAUUAAAACAGUUGACUUUUACUGUCUCAAUAAUGAUGAAUACGACCAUCUUUUGAACAGACAAUUUGACGAAGAGCCGGAUCAAUCUCAGGAACGAGACAAACUACGAUCUGAGUCCCCUGCCAGUUCUGUUCGCAAGUUACUAUCCAGUGGCUCUUUCUACUACUCCCGUAAUUUCGAUAUAUGCUCCAACAUCCAGGAAAGAGGAAUACCCGAUACAGCGAAUCCGAAGUUCCUGUUGAUGGCAGAUUCUCCAUAUUUCAAGCGAUUCAUGUGGAACUCGUUCAUGAACGCCGAGCUCAUAGAAUUCCGUAACCGUCUAUCACUCUUUGAACAGCAGCAGUUCGAUUCCUCUGGUUUUCUCAUCACGAUGAUAAGAGGCUAUGCAAAAACUGUAAAUGCCACUGUAAACAACGAAGACGCUUUGUUGACACUUAUCUCUAAACAAUCGUGCAUAAAGAAUGGGCCCUUGUUUGGUGACUGGGGAUGUGAUGAUGACGGGGCUGUUUCCAACUUUGUGGAGACGGAAGUGGUGAUAUACACCGCUAAGUACUGUCUAGCAUACGUGAUAGUACGAGGCAAUGUGCCCAUCUAUUGGGAACUAGAUAAUUAUUUCUCAAAAAAGAACAUUCUCCCCAACAAAAACAACCGGAAGAUCGUAUAUCUGCGAUCUUUUGAAGCUUCUCAACAUGCUUUCACGAGGCAUUUCGACAGAUUGGCCAAUCAGUAUGGUGAAGUGCACGUACUAAGUGCUCUUUCUACGGAUAAAACUACAUAUAAAGGAGAUUUAAAUCAGGCAUUUGAAGAACAUAUAGAAUCGUUCAACAGCACUGCUCCAGAUCUAGACAAUGGAGCCUACAAUGCCCUCAGUUACAAUCUAGAGUACACACGAGUACCACUAACUGUAUCAAUGAUGAAGAAAUUGGGAUAUGGAGCCCAGAAUCCUCAUGACAUAGUAGCCUUGUUGGUGGAAUCGAUCGUAGACUAUGGAGCCUUGUUUUUUGAUCUUUCAAAGAAGACGUAUACGGGAAAACAGUUAGGAGUGUUUCGAGUGAACUCUUUCGACAGUUUACGAAAAGCCAACUAUAUCUCGAAGAUUAUCAGUCAAGAAGUUAUUGAGUUAGCAUUUCGAGAUAUCGGCUCAACUAUAGAUCUUGACUUAUACAUCAAACAUGCAAAGCUUUGGUCAGAAAAUGAAGACAUUCUUUCCAAACUCACGCUUAAUUUCGUAUCUACCAGUUCGAAAUUACAAUCGUCGAGUGCAACUUCUACAAAGAGUACCGUCAAGUCACAUCUCACAAAGAAGUAUCUCAGUGGGGUGGUUGAUACAAAACCCAAUGAAAUGGCUAUCUUAAAGCUACUUGGACGACUACAAGAUCAAGUGAGCAUUACCUUACAUAACCCUAUUCAUGACUACGUAGCCAGAGAGUUGACAAAGAGAACUAAAGAGUACAGCUCGUAUAAGAAUAUCUCGGUGUUCUCUUCUACGUUCAAUGUUAACGGCACGUUUAAUGAUGGAGAUAUUAACAAAUGGCUAUUUCCAUCUGAUGCAGAUGUGGACAAAGCCUACGACUUGGUAUUCAUAGGGAUGCAAGAAAUUGUAGAGCUCAAUGCCUCCCAGAUGGUGAAUAUCAAUGUAGGCAACAAGUUUAUGUGGGAACGUAAGAUCAAGCAGGUUUUGGAUACCAGCAAUGCUAAAGGUCUCAAGUACGUUUCUUUGUGGAGUGGUCAGAUUGGUGGUAUAGCUCUCUUCCUCUUUAUCAGAGAAGAUGAGAUCAAAAGCAUUUCCAACGUAGAAGGCUCGUUCAAGAAGACUGGUUUGGGUGGAAUGACAGCUAAUAAAGGGGGCGUUGCUGUAAGCUUCAACUAUUCGAAUACAGACUUAUGUUUCGUGUGUUCUCAUUUCGCGGCUGGAAUGAGCAACAUUGAAGAAAGACAUCAUAACUAUAAGACACUUAUCAAGGGCAUGUUGUUUUCUAAGAAUAGAAAAAUCAGAAAUCACGAUGGUGUUAUCUGGUUAGGGGACUUUAAUUUCCGGAUUGGUUUACCCAACGACCAGGUGAAGCCACUUAUAGAACAGAGACAGUUCACGAAAUUGUUUGAGUAUGAUCAGUUGAACAGGCAAAUGGCUAACGGUGAGAGUUUCCCCUUUUUCGAUGAAAUGGAAAUCAAGUUUGCACCAACGUAUAAAUUCGAUAAUGGAACUACAACCUAUGAUACUAGUGAAAAGCAAAGAAUACCUGCUUGGACAGAUCGUAUUUUAAACAUGUCAAGAGAAAAAAUCAUCAAGCAAUUGUACUACAAUUCGUGUGAAGAUGUUAUCUUUUCUGAUCAUCGUCCAGUUUCUGCUGUUUUUAAGAUUAAAGUUCACAUUGUAAAUCAGACAAUCAAGAAAAACUUGGCCAACGAGUUGUACGACAGCUACAGAAAGAACAUAGGUGAUAUUAACGACAUCUUGAGCAACAACAGUAACGUCAUGAAGUUCUUUGAAGAAGACAAGGUACUUCCACCACCAAGUUCUGAAAUACAGAAAUGGUGGUUGGAAGGAAAACCUGCCAAAAUCAACAUUUCAGAACUCAACAACGAACAGGUGGAAGAUGGAGAUGUCAAUGUGAUCAACCCAAAGCUACCACUGAACCCAUUUGAAGAGUCCACGGAGCCUGAAUUCAUUCACAAAAGCGAGUUGUUGAAAUUAUUGAGCAAAGCAUAG